AUGUGGACAAUCGGCUUGCUCUUUACCAUCGUUGGGAGUGGAUUGAAUCAGUUCUUUAGCUUGCGCCAGCCUAGCGUAACCAUCAGUGCCCUGGUCGCCCAGCUAUUGGCAUUUCCGGUAGGCUGCGCCUGGGCUCAAUGGAUGCCAUUGGGCUUCCUGAAUCCGGAUCGACACUUCAAUAUCAAGGAACAUGCGCUCAUCACUAUUAUGGCCAAUGUCUCGAUCGGGUCUGCCGCAGCAACUCAAAUUAUCGAGGCGGUGGUCAAAUUUUAUGAUAUGCCCUCCGAUGGUGGAUUCGAGGUUCUCCUCUGUGUGACGACUCAGCUCUUUGGGUUUGGGCUGGCAGGCAUGGCCGCCCGUUGGCUGGUCACUCCCGCCUCUAUGAUCUGGCCUCAGGUCUUGUCCAAUGCGGCCUUGCUCACAACCCUGCAUUCGCGAGAAAAUGCGAUCGCCGAUGGCUGGCGCAUCACACGCCUCCGCUUCUUUCUUAUUGUGUUCAUCGUGGGCUCCAUCUGGUACUUUGCCCCGGGGUAUCUUUUCACCGGUCUUAGUACUUUCAGUUUUAUUUGUUGGAUCGUCCCUUCCAACGUCGUGGUCAACCAACUGUUCGGCCAGAUCACUGGGCUAGGCAUGUCCGUGCUGACUUUCGACUGGGCCCAGGUGGUCUAUGCCAACCAAAGCCCGCUUUUGGUCCCGUUCUGGGCCGGUUUGAAUGUGAUGGGCUCAUUUGCGCUCUUCUUUUGGCUCAUCUGUCCCAUCGUGUACUAUACGAACACCUGGUAUUCAGCCUAUCUGCCCCUUCUCAACUCCAAUACCUUUGAUAACACGGGCAAAACCUACAACACCUCUCGUAUCAUGGAUGCCGAUGGCUCUGUCAAUCAGACCGCCUAUCGAGAAUACUCACCCAUGUUCUUACCCGCUGGGUACGCCAUCACCUUUGGUGUCGCCUUCGCCAAUCUCACCGGUAUAUUCUUUCAUAUCGGACUCUACCAUGGUCGAGAUUUAUGGCAACAGUGGAAAGGCACAAACAAGCAAGACGUGCAUGCUCGCCUUAUGUCCAUCUAUCCCACUGUACCUUGGUGGUGGUUCGCCGGGGUGACGGUGUUGAUGUUUGUGCUGAGCGUGGUGACGAAUGAAGUGUGGCACACUGGACUCCCCGCCUGGGCUGUACUGGUGGCAUUCGUGCUACCUACCAUUUACUUCAUCCCGGUUGGGAUCAUCAAGGCAUUGACAAACAUCAGCAGCAAUCAGCUGAAUCUGAUGUCUGAGUUUCUUGGCGGAUACGCCUUUCUGGGCAAACCUCUCGCCAACAUGGUUUUCAAAUUCUAUGGCUAUGUCGCCGUUCAACAGGGGCUUGAAUUCGUCGCUGACAUGAAGUUGGCCCACUACCUCCACAUUGCACCACGAACCGUCUUCGCUGCUCAAGGGCUUGCCACCUUGAUCGGAGCCAUCGUCCAGUGCGGCGUAACAGUAUUCAUGAUCACGAGGAUCGACGACGUCUGCACCUCGGACGCAGAUGGUAAUUUUACGUGUCCGCAUGGGCGGGUCACGUACUCCUCGUCCCUUAUCUGGGGCGCAAUUGGACCCGGUCGAUUGUUUUCUCCAGGCCAGAUCUAUGGUAACCUGUUGUGGUUCUUCCUGGUUGGCCCGGUAGUUGUCAUCAUCACAUAUCUUCUGGGACGUCGCUGGAAGGCCAUGAACUAUAUCUCCUGGCCAGUUGCCUUUGGAGCGAUGAGCAUGGUCCCACCGGCAACUGGAGUUAGCUUUUCCUCCUGGUGGGUGAUCAACAUGAUCUUCAAUGGCUUGAUACGACGUCGCAAACCUGCGUGGUGGUCUAAAUACAAUUACAUCUUGUCUGCCGCGCUGGAUUGCGGCGUCGCCGUCUCUACUGUGAUUAUCUUCUUCUGCAUUACGUUGCCAGCUGGCUCAUUGAACUGGUGGGGAAAUACUGUGUAUAGUAACACUGCCGAUGGACUAGGCACACCGUAUAAAAGUCUACCUAGUCAGGGCUACUUUGGCCCUGCGAAAGGUACAUGGAAUUGA